CGGCUUGUUGGAGGCAGAGGCAGAGAGGACAGACACGAGACAGCACAGCGACGAGUGAGAAAACGGAGCGCAGCAUGGGCAAGAAGAGCUCCAAGAAGAGCUCCAAGAAGGCCCGCAAGGCAAAGACCGUUGCCGGCGACCGCCAGCCGCAGUCCGAGGCCAGCCGCAGUACGGGCAAGGGCAAGGGCAAGGGCACGGGAGAGGGCAAGAAGGGGAAGAAGGGCAAGAAGGGGAAGAAGAGCAAGGACAAAGGGAAGAAGAGGAAGGACAAGGGGAAGGCCAUCGGCAAGUCCGCCACCAGCGACGACGCUGAUGCAGGUGACGGCAGUGGCGAGAAGAAAUCAAAGUCGAAGACCAAGGGCAAGGCCAAGGGCAAGGGCAAGGGCAAGGGCAAGGGCAAGGGCAAGGGCAAGGCCAAGGCCAAGGGCAAGGGCAAGGGCAAGGGCAAGGGCAAGGGCAAGGCCAAGGCUGACGUGUCAGGCACGGUAUCGUCAGAGGAGACGCCAUCGUCGUUCUCGCAGGUCCCAGGCGCGCUCUCCGACUCGGACUCGUCGUACAUCGAGGCGGUCAAGCGGGUGUACGCCGACGACAACAAGAAGCACUAUGGACGCCGGUUCGGGCUCGCCGAUGACGAUGCGUUCCUGGCCGAGAUGCGCCAGCCGGUUGACCCUGCGUUUGACAUCGAGCGGGUCGACGCGCGGACCAUCUCGGCCCACGAGUUCCGCAAGCGGUACGAGGGCGGAAACAAGCCAGUCAUCAUUACAGGGCUCAUGGAUUCUUGGCCGGCCAAUGACGCGUGGUCUCCCAAGAGCCUCAUCCGCAAGUACGGCGAGACCAAGUUCCGCGUCUCGGGCACUGCCAUGAAGCUCAAGCACUACCUCCGCUACGCGCGCGCUACGACCGACGACUCGCCGCUGUACUUGUUCGAGUCGCGGCUGCACGAGCCGGCCCGCGCUGACAUGCUCAAAGACUUUACCGUCCCGCCUAUGUUCAAGUACGACUACUUUGGCGUCCUGCCCACAGGCAAGCGGCCGCCGUUCCGCUGGAUCGUGGCAGGGCCCAAGCGGACCGGGACCGACAUCCACACCGACCCGCUCGGCACAUCUGCGUGGAACGCGCUCACCCACGGCCACAAGCGCUGGGUCCUCUUCCCGCCCAAGCUCGCACCUGAGAAGUUUACCGGCUCGGCAAAGUGGGGCACCCAGGCCGCCGCGUACUGGUGGCAGCAUGAGAUCGCGAGCGUUCGCGACCGCGGCGCAGAGCUCGGCCUCAUCGAGUGCAUCCAGGGCCCGGGCGAGGUUAUCUUUGUGCCGGGCGGCUGGCACCACGGCGUGCUCAAUCUCGAUUUUACUGUCGCCAUCACCCAGAACUAUGUUUCCAAGUACAACCUCAAGCGGGUGUGGCGGACGACGUACCGUGAGCGGACUCGCUUCGCACGCCGCUGGCGCAAGGUGCUCAACCUUGCCGAGCCCGACAUCGCCGCCCGCCUCUCCCGCAUCGACGGCGUUCACUCGGCCUCAUCCUCGUUCUCCUCCUCCUCCUCGGGCUGGAGCCACGUCGGCUGUUUUGAGCUUGCCCGUCCGCCGCCGGGCGCCCGCGACUCGGCUCGCUCAGACGCCGCACACGCCUCCUCGUCCUCCUCGGGCUCGCUCUCAUCUGGCCCUGUCGUUAUUCGUCGCCGGUCUCGCCGAUCCCGCAAGUCUCGUCGCUCUCGCAACUCGCAUCGGGCCCGCUCCCGCGCCAUGCACCACUCGGCCCCUCGCCGCGCCAUCCGUACCCGCAAUGCCCCCUCGUCGUCGGGCUGGCAGGAUGCUGUCAUGCGUGAGUCGAUGGGCGGCGACGACUCGGAAGGCUCGACCGCCGGCGACCGCUUCCUCGCCGCCCGCGGCCAGCCACACGCCACCGCCGCACCCGCACCCGCAACCGCCCGCCCGCGCCCGCACCCGUCCGUCUCGCCCUCUGAGUCGUCCGAGUCGUACAGCGACUCGUCGUCACUGUCUCCGCCCUCGAUCGUCAGCCUCGUCUCGGCCGACCGCCGGGCCAUCGAGCGCGCGCUCAACUCGGACGACGACACCUCGUCGUUUGUGGCGCUCUUCACCUGA